AUGGCACCGAAAAAAGGACAAAAGCAAAAGAUGUCCUUAGGAGACUUCCUGGGAGAUGAGACAUUCGGAGCACUUGGAUCAUGGGCUGACGAAAUGGAAAGUCUUCCCACUGCUCCGGCCCAAAGGGCACCCGGCGAUGCGCCAACCGAUAGGUAUGGUCGUGGGGGAGAUCGCGAGUUUUCUCGACCAGAUCGAGCUCCAAUUGCCCCUCGAGAGGACUUGCCGUUGCCUACCGCUCCCCCUUUUAUCGCAUAUGUCGGAAAUCUUCCCUUUGAUCUUGUCGAAGACGACCUUGGUCAAUUUUUUGCCCCCGAAUCAUUGAAAUCUAUCAAAGUUAUUCGUGAUCGAGAUGAUAAGCCCAAAGGCUUUGGAUACGUGGAAUUCGAGACAUUGGAUGGGUUAAAGAGUGGUCUAAGUAAAUCUGGAGCACAACUAAACUCGCGCACUGUGCGAUUUCUCACAAGUUCAAUCUUCUCAGCCAAAGAUCAUCGGGGAACUGGCCCUACAUCAUUUGGAGACGAAUCCACAAACUGGCGGCGGGAUGGCCCUCUUCCAUCUGACUCGCGUGGUCCGCGUGGCUCUCGAUUUGACGACCGCCCGCCACGAGAGCCGGUCGAACCUUCGGAAGCUGAAGUAGCCUCUGAUUGGCGUUCAAAUCAACCUGUUCGAUCCGCCGUUCCUGUUGAGCCUCGUCGAUCUGGCUUCCGCGAUGGUCCAUCGCGCUCGGGUACUGAACUAAACUGGGAGCGCAAGGCGGCGCCAGCGGUGGAUACGGCUGCAACCGAUCGGCCUGGCAACUUCCGUAAAGGAAGCGGAUUCUCGACGCCCGCUGGCGAUAGAGAGAGACCACCACGUGCCUCCAUCCAGACAGAGGAACAACCACCAAAACGAGGAGCGUUUGGAGGCCGAAGUGGCGAAGGCUCUGGGUUCAGCAGUGGAGGGCCACCUGAUGCCGGGGACUGGCGCUCUCAAAUGAGGGUGUCUAGACAAACGAGCACGGACGAAAAGUCACCUACCAACUCUCAACCACAAACUCCACAGGGUGCAAGGAGGCAACUCAAUCUCCUACCUCGUUCGUCUACAGGUUCGAAUGCUCCUUCUCCACUCUCUUCCCCUCGUAUGGCCAACUCCACUGCACCCAAAGCCAGUCCUUUUGGAGCUGCGCGACCCGUCGAUGUUAGCAAUCGGGAGCGCGAAGUCUCCGAAAAACUUGAGAAGGAACGCGAGAGUCGGAUCAAGGAGAAAACGCCCUUUGGGAAUAGCCGUCCAGGAACAGGCCCCCGCCGCGAUUCAACGUCGGGAGGGCCACCUACACGUACCCAAUCGACACCUCGCGAUCAUUCUCCUGCUGAGGAAGAAAAGAAGGAACGAACUACUAACAAGUUCGACGCCAAAGCCGCGCAGGUUCGUGCUCAAACAAGCUUUGCGGCCGCAGCAGGAGCCAAAAAAGAGGAAGCCGCUGUGGAUGAGGCGGCGGAUAAGCUUGGCCAAGUCACCGUCUAA